CUCUCAGAAAUUGCGGAUAUAACCUGGGAUAUACACAUUACACUGUACACUAGAAUGCUCAGUCUCAGAAUCCAGACUUCUUUGGGUUUCUCCUGGCUUCUCUCUGGCAGAUAACGGGUGAGAAGUGAGAGAAUUUACAUAACUGAAGAACCAGAUGGAUACUAAGUUCUGUUAAUAAUGAGUUUCUCAAUCGUUUUGGACAUAUGGUUACACCACCUUUUGUAGCUCACACGUCAUGUUGAUAAUUUAAAUUUUUGCUUAAGCUUCAAAUAAUAUUUAAUCGUUGUCAGCUUAUAUACAUACGAAUUUCUAAACAUGCGUCGAGCACGCAUCAAGGCAAUGGCAGCUGUGCCAGUACGAAAAAAAGUUGUUCAAGAUACGUCAACUUCUACUGACAAGAACAAUGUAUUCAACAUGGAACAGAAAAAAGAUACACCUGAUGCCUUAGAACAAAAUGCUACAAAAACUGCUGCUGAAGUGGAAGUACAGAAAAAUGAUCUACAUAAUACUGUUGCCCUAGAACAAAAGGACAAAGAUACAAAUGUUCAAGAGAAAAUUGUUGAAGACGAACAAAUUAAAGCUAAGUUAACAGAUGUGAAAAUUCUAGCUGAAAAAUCAGAGUCUCAAGAAUCAGCUCGAGAGAAACCUGGGAGAGAUUCUUGUGAAGCAUACACAAAAUCUGGUUUUCAAGAGCCAUGCAGUAAAACUAACUCAGAUUCCAAAGAAUCAUGCGUUCAAGUAAAGAAAAGCUCUCUAGAAUCGUCGCCUCAAAAGAAAUCAGAUCCUGAAGAAUCACGUGCCAAAGCGAAAUCAGAAUUGUAUGUUCAAGUGAAACCGGAUCCUCAGAAACCAUGUACUCCAACAAAAUUGUGUGCUCAAGCAAAACAAAGUUCUUCAGAACCAUGUGAUCAAGUAGACAACAAUUCUGAGAAAUUUGGUGAUCAUGUGGUUCAGGAAAAAAUUUUACCAGUCUCUCCUACAAAGAUAAUACAGAAUCGUCCAUGUUUCAUGAGACCCAUACCAAGAUUGGAUAGCAGUGGCAGGAUAAGAAAGAAUAGUAUACAGGGAAGCGGUGCCAGUGCAAGUGAAUCCGAGGAUGAGCAUGGCAAGAAAACAAUGUCCCUCACGCCGAGUCGUGUACGAAACGAUUCUGUCUGUUCUGUACAAAGCAAUAAGGAUAGCAAUCCAUGUGUCAAUGAUAAUCAAACCAAUUCUCCAAGAGUUAAGACUAUGCAAAAGAGACGUAUGGUGAUUUCGGAAUCAGCAAGGAAGCUGGCAGAGGCCAGAAGGGAAUUUUUGUUAAAGCACGAGAAUAAAACGCCCGACAGGAGUCAAUUAAAAAUGUACGAUCUGAUAUAUUAUAAUCCCAUAACAAAUCCCAUGAAGAAGUCAACAGAAGCACAAAAACCAAUAGUACCGCAACUGACGGAGACGCCGGAAGAGGAAGACGAGGACGAUCCCGUGGCGAUGCCUGUACCGCAAGUGAAAGUCGGACCUGAUGGUCAGUUAAUAAUAGACGAACAGAGUCUUGUGAUAGAAUCAUCAAAUACCAAACGAGCUAAAGAAAUAAUGUCAACGGACGUUAUCAUCGAGGAUGAGAAUUGUCACAGCGGUGGUUUCUACAAAAAACGACAAAGGGGCAAAGACUGGCCGAAAUGGGAGACAUUCAAAUUUUAUCGAGUAUUAAACGUAGUAGGUACCGACUUCUUACUGAUGCAGACCCUCUUUCCGAAUAGGACGAGACAAGAAAUUAAGCAAAAAUAUAAAAAGGAGGAGAGAGUCAAUCGGCAUUUAAUUGAGAAAGCAUUGAAAUAUCAUCAGGAAUUUGAUACCGAAAUGCUAGAAGAGCAAUUAGCAAUGCUACAAGAAUUGGAAAGUAUUCAAAGUGAAACUAAGAAAUCGGAGAAACCUAAGAAUGAGCAAAGCAUGACUAAAGCUGCUAGAAAGCGCAGGCAUCGAUUGGUAGCAAAGAGUAUAGGGGAAUGCGAGUCAUCAUCGGUUAAUGAUCAGGAAGAUGGAAACGCGACUGACGAGAUUGAUUCGGAGGCAAGUGGCGACGAAACGAGCGACGUUCGGCAUCAACGGACGAAGAGGAAGAGCAGAGCGCGGAAGUUGAGGCGUUUAGACUUCUCCGACAAGUCUGACGAUAACAGUUCUCACGCGAGUUCGAAAGAGCCCGAUUCGGACAGCGAUCCGGAGAUUUAUCAGGUCAGACCUACCAGAUCCGGUAGAUUACCAAAGUCGAAGAAGUCUCGGUCUAAUGUUAACGUUAAACAUGACAGUGACGCCGAGAAUGUGUCUUCGGUGAAUAGCAUGACUGCGACAUCGUCGCGGGAAGACGUAAAGCCUAUUGUGCCGGCCGAUAGUAGCGAAAACGCGACAAUGCCAUGUCCAGAGAAUCUUACGAACAUGAUACCGAAUAUCAAUGAGAUACAACCAGGAUCCUUGGUGAUCUUAUCGAGAGAAUCUACCGAGGACCCCGGAGACACUAUCUUGCAGGUCUACAUGGUCAGUUCGAACGUCGAUAACGCCAAAUGUAAUGUAACUCCUGUGGAUCUCCCGCCGACACUAUUAACGACAGUAACGAACAAAUUGGAAGAAGCCGAAUCGAUGAGCGUGUCGAAUGAUGAACAAUGAUUCUCCGCAUUUUAUUCAUCCGUUGUUGAUCUUUCAUAGUGAUCUUAUGUUAUAAGUGAAACAUUCUCGAUUCAUUGUAAACGGUCCUUUUUUUUGUUUCAUUAUUAUAGUUAUAUUAAUUUAUAUUAUAUACUUGUGUAUGUUUUUUAUAAAUGUGAAUACGAAAAAUUUUAUUUUUCAACUAAUUUCGUGCAUUGUGUUACGUAUUAUCAAUUCAGAAGAAUGUUUUCUGUAUCAUUUACUAUCAUAAGAAAUUAUUAUGAUUGAAGAUGGAUGUAUGCACAAAAAGACUUAUAAUAAGAAUUAUAAUUUGUCAUCGUUACAGCUUUUCAUCACAGAAUAUUAAGCUAGUGAAAUAAAAAGACGUUUCUUUAU